UAUUAGUUUCAAUAAUACCAGACUCAGUCGGUGGUGAUCGGAAAACAACACAACGCGCAGUUUUUGGUGCGACAAGUGACUGGCCUCUUGUUUUGCCUUUUGUUAUGGAAGUGUGUGUGUUUUCGUGUGGUCAGCGGGAAAGUUUGUAUGCGUGAUAGGAAGUAAUUUUUGCUUGAUUAAAAGUGAGGUAGACCGCCGCUUUGGUUAGUACGUGAUUACACCCAAUCGCGGCGAUUAUUUUCGGUUUUCUUUGGCAAUUGUCUGGCUGUCAAGUGUGUGGUGAGAGUGACAGCUAGCGCAAAGAGAGAGCAAGUGGAAACAAGAGCGGAGGUGUGUGUGUUGUGCUACUCUGCGUUUGAUCUAGAAAAUAAUAGAGGUGAAGUGUGUUUUCGUUUUCAUCUAGUGCACAAUUACGGAUCGGAUUUCGCUUUGCGGUUGAGGUUUCGCGAGUGAAUCGCUAGUGUUUCGAGCGAUUGUGAUACUUUGACAUUUCGCCUUGCCAAAUUCGGUGGUGGUUCGAAAGUUGUGAAGCAAUAGCGGGUUUUUGGGUAAAAGUUUCACCAAACAUCGUCGUCGUCGUCGGUGGAGAGCAGAUUCGGCAGGGUUUAUUGAUUUUUGUGUCAUUCUCUUUGGUGGAAACCUGUUUCUCCGGUGGAACAUCGCGUCUUCACUACUGCAUCGGAAUGUUACCGCCAGCGAGGGUUGCUGAAUAAAAGUGGAUCCCCGCAGCAGCAGUCGGAGGAAUCGCCAGGUCGACUUUGGGGAUGCUCCAAUAGGUAGCUGGAAUUCCUUCCCAUCUCUCUGUCCCGCUUUCUGGUUCGUCAACGGUAGUCAAAACAAAAGCCAGGCACACACACACAGCGCGUUUCGGUAGAAAGAAUCAUGAUCUUCGCGAGCAACGCCCGAUCGCCGCAUCUUCCCGGGACAUUGUCACAGGCAACGGAACGCGGAAAGCGACCACACUGAAAGAAGAACGCAAAAAAUUGACACCUGUUGCAGCUCUCUCACACGCACACACACCGAACGCGUAGCGCCAACCCGACUCAACUUCGGCACAGCUGUCAGUGACGACGAAGCGACUUAACGCACAACAACGAGGAGGAAAGGCGAAAAGAAGACACAACAGAAGAAAAAAACAACCACCGAAACUGGGGGAAGGCCAAGCGCUGAAGACGACGUCGACGACGCCGAAAAGGAAAGGUGGAACAAUUACCCCCGGGGCAUUAAUCUGCUCUCGCAGCAGCAGCUCGUCAGUAUCGAUUCGGAGUCCGCGCGAACCGGAGCCCACACGAAACAAGAUCGCGCGCGCGCGCGAGCAAAACAAAAGAAACGCUAAAGAAGAUACCGUGCACAUAACCUCGUUUCGCGAGACGAGCACCCUCUCGGGUGCAGAUUAUGUAAAUGAUCAUCGGUUGUUUGAUUCGAGCCCAUUGUGCGCCAAGUCUCGUCUCAACAGCAGCUCGCUGGUUCUGAACGUCGACGGCGACGAGCGUGAAAGUGUUGGAGAAGCCGGUUCGGGAGAGCGAGCGAGCGAGCGAGAAUCGCUCGGAGAGCGAGAGUAAUCUCCCGCAGAUACCGCGUUGAGCUUAAUCUUAUCACAAAAAUUGCGCCGAACUAGUGCGCGCCGAGAACCGUCCGAUUUCGCAAGUGUGCCCGCGUUGAUCUGGCCGAGUCUUGUCGGAAAAUUAAAGUUUUGUUAGUUUGUUGGCCACGUGACGGGAGAGACGGUGUCGUGGCUGAAGAGUGUCUCGGAUGACAGCUCAGCACGAAUCGUGGCGUGGCAAUGUUUUGGUUUGCCUGAGUAGUGAAGGAUCCAAAACAAGUGCUGAGUGAAAUGUGCUGAGUUCGGUGGAACCAAAGUGCAUAAACAGCAUAAGUGAAGCGCGCGGUCAGUGAUAGUGAGUGAGUGUGCGCGAAAAACUUUCCAGAUUAGAAGAUGUUUUCGAGGCGAAGAGGGCAGUGAUCUGCGAAGGGAAGUGAUAAGGGUUUGGCGAAGGUUAGCGUGAUCGUGAUCGCGUUCAGGGAUCAUUCGGUGAUCGGUGUUUGCGGCGACAGGAUGUACUGGAUACGGUCGAAGAAGUUGAAGGAGCGGCUGGCGCUAGGCUUCGGCGCCUCGCUGGUGCUCUUCACGCUGCUGCUGGUGAUCGACCUGCAGAUGGACCUGGGAGUGUCCCGGGGGGAAUUUAUUCCAUCGCACGGGCGUGUGCGGUUCGCGAGUGAAGACGACAAGAGUGGGAUCUACAACGAGUUCCACCGGAAAUAUCUUGCCAAAAGUAAUGCGUCCGGGUCGAAGGAGUACCUGACGACGAAUCCACACACGCGCGGUCGGACUGACACCUCGGGGGCGGGCUACCCGAGCAAACAGGUGACCACGGCGCCACCGCACGAUCGGUUCAAGGACUUGACGGCGCUGGUGGUAGCACCGAAGAACCGGCGAAAUCCGCAAUUUUACGAACGGAUUGUUGUGAAGGAAGAUCAAAGUGACGACGAGAAUCCGACGCUGGCGGAGAUGCUUGACCUUCGAGUGAGUCCAAAUGCGACCAAUUUGGAGCGAUUCCAACUGUCCAUUACCAAGAACGAGUUGUACGCCAAGAGCGACAAGCUCGUCGAUGCCGUGAUACAGGACAUGGUGAGCAUGCCGAUCAAGCACGUCGUGCAGAAGGAGGGCGGCACCCAGAUCAAGCUGAUCAUUGAAUAUCCAAACGAUAUUCAUGCACUGUUCAAGCCGAUGCGCUUCCCCCGAGAGCAGCAAACGCUGCCUAACCAUUUCUACUUUACCGACUACGAACGACACAACGCCGAGAUCGCGGCCUUCCACCUCGACCGGAUCAUGGGCUUCCGGCGAGCAAUGCCCGUCACCGGCCGAAUUCUUAACAUUACCACCGAGAUCGAGCGGGUGUGCGACGACAACCUGCUGAAGACGUUCUUCAUCUCGCCGGCACGCAACAAGUGCUUCCACGGCAAGUGUUCCUACUAUUGUGAUACGUCGCACGCGAUCUGCGGCAGCCCGGACACGCUGGAGGGAUCCUUCGCGGCGUUCCUCCCAACCCAGGCGGACACCCAGCGCAAGGUGUGGCGUCACCCGUGGCGACGAUCAUACCACAAGCGCAGGAAGGCCCAGUGGGAAACCGACCCGGACUACUGCGCCAUGGUGCGGGACAUUCCCCCGUACGACGAGGACAGGCGCCUCCUAGACCUGAUGGACAUGUCCGUGUUCGACUUUCUCACCGGCAACAUGGACCGUCACCACUACGAAACGUUCAAGAUCUUCGGCAACGACACGUUCCCGAUUCAUCUGGACCACGGUCGAGGCUUCGGGCGACCCUUCCACGAUGAACUCUCCAUCCUGGCACCCCUCCUGCAGUGCUGCCUCAUCCGAUCGACCACCCUGGAGACCCUGCUGCUCUUCCACAACGGGCCCAAAUCCCUGUCGGAGCAACUGCGCGACUCGAUGGCCAACGACCCGAUCGUACCGGUCCUGUGGGAACCCCACAUGGUCGCCCUCGACCGCCGGGUCGCCAUCAUCCUGCAAGCUAUCCGGGACUGCGUCAAGAAGGCCUCCGAGGAGGAAGACUUUGACGCCGCCGGCCAGAACCACCUCGAUCAGAGCUUCUCCUAGCAGAUCAACCGUAACGGUGGCCAAUACCGGCCAAGAUUGUACAUAGUCUAAUCACAUGUGUGUGUGUGCGAGCGCGUCGUCAAUCGAGAGCAAAACUGAGAGUGAAAGAGUGAAGUGAAACGGGAGGAUUGCCGACUUCCGUUAGUGAUCAUCGUGCGGCGGGACUGUUUGUUGGCUCAUUACAAGGUUAUUAUCAUAAAAUGAUAGCGGCGGGAGCGCGCGUGUGUGAGAAGAGUGCGAGAGAGAGAGAGAGAAAGAGGAUUGCGCCCCAAAUAUCGCGAUUGUAAAGUUCUAACGUUUAUUAGAGAUAGACACGUCUACAUACAUACAUAUAUAUAUAUAUAUGGGUAACUGUGUAUAGCAAUUAGAGAAAUUCACUGUGUGCGGAUGAUCCGGAUGAUCCGUUGCAAUGAGAGGCCAAAGUUAAAUAUGAGAGCAAAUCUAUUAUCCACCAACCCUGGAAGAGAGAACCUAUUAUUGACCCUGUCAGAUAUUUACGUUUUAAACGAUUCUAGAUGAUAUUAGAUGUUCUUGUUUUUCUGUUAAGUUUUAUCGUACCUUUCUCCCCCUUCUUCCCUUCAACAAAA